CCUACCACUAAGACAACCAUCACUGGCCUGCAGCCUGGAACUGAAUACAAGAUAUCUGUGGUGGCUGUGAAGGGAAGCAAAGGAAGUGCUCCAGCAAGUACGACCGGACGAACUGUCAUUGACGGUCCAAAGGACCUGCAGGUCACCAAUUCUAGUGACACCACCAUCUCGCUCAGCUGGACGGCUCCCAGCACCAGCUUCGACCGCUACACCAUUACGUUUGCCUCGGAGACCAGCGACGACGGGCGGGAGGUGACCGUCCCGGCCGACGCUACCACGGCCACCCUCUCUGACCUGGAGCCAGGCACAAAGUACGCCAUCCGCCUGCGGGCCGAGAAGGGGUCUGUACACAGCGCCUGGGCCUUCACCAGCGGAAAGACUGGCUGCAAGCCGGCCACUGCAAUGCGGUUUUCGGAUAUCACUCCGACCAGCUUAGUGGCAUCUUGGGCAUCGCCACCCGCUACACCCGACUACUAUAUUGUCAAGUACAGCCAGAGGAACAGAGAGCCACACACGGUCGCAGUGAGUGGAGGACAAAACUAUGUGGUGUUGUCUGACUUAAAACCUGACACAGAGUACAGAGUGCGGGUCAUUUCCGUCAAAGGAGUGUCUUCGUCCAAACCCCUGAUUGGUGACGUCUUCACAGCUUCAGGAAGCCUCCAGCCACCGUGCCCCGAAGCGAACGCCGAGGAUGAGGAUCUGAAUAGCAGAGAAACGGGGGAACCAGACUACGUCGAGAUACAGUCUGCCUCCAACGACGUGCAAAAAUGCAAAUUCACAGAGAACGCCAAGUCAGCGUUGACCACGCCACCCCCCGUCGACAAGGAGCUGUACGGCCUCAGCCCUAUUGACGUAGAGUCCUCAACGAUGAGGCUGUCGUGGGCGUCGAAGCCCUUCGCUUUCCAGACCUUUGUCGUAAAGUACGGGCCGGUGUCCGCCGGGAAGAUGCGUAAAGUAGUGGUGGCCGGAGAUUCCCGGUCGCUCGAAAUUUCAGGGCUAAAAGGCAACACCGAGUACGUGGUUUCACUCGCAGGGGUGCGUGAUGAUACCCUGUCACCGCCACUGACAAUACGUGUCACGACAGCCACAGCCUCCGUCCGCGUGAGAAGAAGCCUUAAUUUGAGGCGUCCAGACAGCGUCCACAAGAAGCAGUUGGCUGCUACGCUUAAGGAUGAAGGUGAAAUCUCGAGCCAAUUGACAGACGUGUCAGCCUCGAUACCCCACAGCAAACGCGGGUCUGACAAUCACGUUUCAGGGGACAAAGGUCUGGAGGUGACACUUGUAAAGUCUGCAUCUGUGAUUGACGGCAAGGCACCCGAAGCUAAAUCUGAGAACGGUUAUUUCUCCGAGAUAUAUUCCUUCCUCAGUGGUUUAACUACAGAUUUCAGCAGCUCAGCUAAGGGAAAAGCGAUAGAGACUCCCCGGAACAUUGACUUUAAGGACAUCAGGGAGACAUCCGUCGUCGUGGCCUGGAUCGCUCCGUCCGCCGACGCAGACAGCUUCAAGAUCGCUUACGUCCCAACGGCUGGAGGCGAGCCCGAGAGCCGGCGGGUGGCUUCGUCGCUGACGGAGGUCAUGCUGACCCGCCUGACCCCCGGCACGGAGUACGAAGUGAACCUUAUCAGCGUCAAGAGCUUCCAGGAGAGCGAUCCCCUUAUGGGGACCUUCACCACCCUGCUGGGUAGCCCGUCCGUUCUGAGCGCGGAGGAUGUCACCGACAGCUCGGCCCUGCUCAAGUGGAAGCCCACGAUAGGCCCCGUGGACACCUACUCGCUCACCUACAGCUUCGAAGAUGGAGAGCCCGUGACCGUCACCGUUUCGGGCGGCACGGUUGAAUACCAGCUGACCGACCUGAAUCCCGACACGCCGUACAUCGCCAAGGUUCGCGCGGUCAAGGGAGCCCAGCAGAGCGCGGACACGGCGGUCGCCUUCGUCACCGCCCGAAAGAAGACGAGCUUCCCCAUGGACUGCAGCGAGGCCUUGCAGGGCGACCAGGCCAGCGGCGUGUUCACCAUCUUCCUGAAUGGCAACGCCAGCCAGCCACUGUCGGUCUACUGCGACAUGACCACCGAUGGCGGAGGAUGGAUCGUCGUACAGAGGCGUCAAAACGGGCUCACGGACUUCUUCCGUAACUGGAAGGCGUACGAGAAAGGCUUUGGAGACAUCAACGAUGAAUUCUGGCUCGGCCUCCAGAACAUCUUUGCGCUGACGUCGCAAGGGCGCUACGAGCUGCGCGUGGACCUGCGAGACGGCGAGUGGGGCGCCCAUGCCGUGUACGACCACUUCUCCGUGGCCAACGCCAGUGGCCUCUACCGGCUCAAAGUCGGCGAAUACAGCGGGACGGCCGGAGACUCGAUGACCUACCACAAGGGCCGUCCGUUCUCGACGGUGGACCGGGACAACGACGUGGCCAUCACCAACUGCGCCAUCUCCUACCACGGCGCCUGGUGGUACAAGAACUGCCACCGGGCCAACCUCAACGGCAAAUACGGAGACAAAAGCCACAGCCAGGGCGUCAACUGGUACCACUGGAAAGGCCACGAAUACUCGGUUCCGUUUGUGGAGAUGAAGAUUCGCCCGUUCGCCGCCGCCAAGAGGGGCAGCAGACAGCACCUGCGGAAUUAGACGUGGGCGUCGAUUGAGCAUGUGGGUUGGCUACGUACGAUGAAAAAGAAGUUCAACGUACUUGCAUUCAUUGAAGGAAGAGAUGCCCCUGCCCCUGCACCCACCGCCCCCCUCCCCAAAAAAAAAAUUACGAAACAGCUUUUUGCCUUUUGUAGACACACAGACACGGAGCCUGUAGGUCCGACGUGAGAUUGAAGUUUGUCAGCGAGUGAAAUACUUUCGAAUUACUCUUUUGGCAUGCCGUCGUAGUGGCAUUGCAGUGACAUCGUAGUAAAGUGUAAAUCAAUUCGAACAACACGCUCCGCACAACCUGAGAACACAUCGGAGAGCUGUUCACUUAUGUCGCAGCGCGAUCAUGAGGUCAAAUUUUAGUUUUUCAUUAACGAAGCUUCAAUCUCGUGCCGGGCAGCCCAGGUGAACACAGCUCCUAGCUACGUAGGUGAGUAAUAUCUGCGAAAUGAGAGCUGUCCGGCUCUCAGAUGUGUUUUCAGGCUGUACCAUUUGUCAUUUGGUAUCAUGUCCGUCGUUUUACGCCACGUUCUGAGACCUUAUCCAGGGACAAAAUUGAGCAUCUCCCGUUCUACCUUGAUUACGUAAACGUCACCGGCUGCUGACGAUCAUCGUCAAGAACCAGCCACAUGAGCGGCACUCCAGCGACGCUCUAUAAUCAAGGGAGAACGGCGAUCUGUGCUCAAUUCGGUUCCCGGAGAAGCUCCCAGCACGUGGAGCGAAACGUCGGACAUUAUCCCAAAGUACAACGCGGCAACGACCCGAAAACAAAUCGCGGUGAUCUGUCCAACUCGACCGCGAUGACCUACGCAGUCGAAUAACAGCUGAUUUGCUUUCUGUAGAGUUGUCUUACGGACAGUGCUGACGGUUGACCGACACGUUGGGUUCCACGUUGAAAGUCAACGGGUCAACAAUUACACAUCAUGCAUUCGGGUAUUUUGGUUUUGUUUUUUAAACGUCACGCGCAGCGUCCGUGAGUCGUAUCAUCAGACUAGCUUGCUGCCAGCACUGCGCUCUAACAGUUGACAAAGAGAUUUGAAAGAUCAGUUUAUAUAUUAUUAACAAGCAUAGAGACAUUACUUUAUUACGACGAAAUGUUUCAUUUAUGUUGUUUCAUUUGGGUCAACUCCGUCUAUGUUAUUUUACCAAUCAGAAGCAAGGAACGGAGAGUUUAGAUACACGAUCAAACCUCUAGCUUGGUGACUGCCCACCAUCCAAUUGCUUCUGUUGUUAUACGAUGUUAUUUCAUGUAGUAUUGAGAGAGUUUAUUCAAUAGAGUGUAUUACAUUAUAUUCAGUAUCCAAAAGAAUCGACAUUUUUUGUCAUCUGUGUCCUAGAAUAAACACGUUUGCUUUUUGCAAGACAUUGAUACUUAACCCCUGCAUAGACGCCUCUGACGGGUUAAAAGUUGUGAAUGGUGCUAGAAAAAAAAGUGAUUACAAAUUUCACACUGCCUGAACUCACCUUCGCUUACUCUGGCUAAGAUAUUUGCUGUUUUGAGAAUAUUUUUACCAAUGCACUGUACAUAAAAGAGAUGCUUAUAUAAACGGUCAGUAAACAAAACUUGUGAAACUCAUAGCUUUGUAUUGCAAUAUAUUUUAAUUUUGAAAAACAAAUCUUAAUUAUAUAUAUCUCUCUCUUGGAAGAAAAAAAAUUCGACUUAACAUGUUUAAGAUUAAGAAGUUUAAGAUCGGCAUUACUGCAGCUCGAAUUUUGGAGGGCAUUGUCAAGAGGUUACUGUGGUGCCAAAGCUUUUUUUUGUCUUGUAUUUAAGUAAAUGUAUAUGAAUAAAUUGGUUAAGUCCCUUGGAGUUAAAACUAUAUCCAAAUUGGAACAUUUUCAGUUUAAUUGCUCUAUAUGCUGUGGAUGUGUUUCAAGAAGGGGUGGAAUGAUUUACCCGCCGCUGGCAAUUCAAUGACUUCUCGUGAACUGCCACCUCCAGCGGCUGCAGGAGUGACAUUGAUUUUUACGUGUGCUUCAAAAUGUAUCCCAUGAAUCGAUGUAUCAUCCCACCCUUAAAUUCGAGACACUGGCGAUGUUGCUGUCAAGCUUAAAGUUAAGUACCAGCAUUUUACUUGCUGGAAAUCUGCAUUUUAUCCAGUAGAAUGUCAGUGUUUAUGCCAUCAGACCUGUUAUGUUUUUUUGAAUAAUCUUAAGAUGCCUCUCAUCAUAAAUGCUCCUGUUUGAAUGAAAUGCUUUAUUAAAUCAACAUCGGCUUCAUAUUCCCUGUACAACAGUGUAUUGCAAUAAAUGGGAAUGAUCCUCAACAA